CGACGGCUGCGCACCGCCCCGCCCGCCACCUGCGCCGCUCGCCGCCCCUGGCCCCGCGGACAGCACCCUGCCCCGGGCAGAGCCACGCCGCUGUCGCCCGCACAGCCCUCGGGGAGCAGAAGAGUCACCAUGCCGGCCCCACGCGCCGCCGCCUUCCUCCUGCUGCACCUGGUCCUGCAGCCGUGGCAGCGGGCGGGCGCCCAGGCCACCCCCCAGGUCUUGGACCUUCUGCCGUCCCCCGGUCAGAGACUGAACCCAGGUGCCCUGCAGCCAGUCCUGACAGAUCCCACCCUGCACGAGAUCUACCUGAUCUCCACCUUCAAGCUGCAGAGUAAGAGCUCGGCCACCAUCUUUGGCCUUUACUCCUCCAGUGACAACAGCAAAUACUUCGAAUUCACUGUGAUGGGACGCUUGAACAAAGCCAUCCUCCGUUACCUGAAGGAUGAUGGGAAGAUCCAUUUGGUGGUUUUCAACAACUUGCAGCUGGCUGAUGGGAGGCGCCACAGGAUUCUCCUGAGACUGAGCAAUUUGCAGAGAGGGGCUGGCUCCAUAGAACUCUACCUGGACUGUGCCCAGGUGGAUUCCAUGCACAACCUCCCCAGAGCCUUUUCUGGCCUUACCCAGAACCCGGAGUCCAUUGAACUGAGGACAUUCCAGAGGAAGCCACAGGACUUCUUGGAAGAGCUGAAGCUGGUGGUGCGGGGCUCGCUGUUCCAGGUGGCCAGCCUACAAGACUGUUUCCUGCAGCAGAGCGAACCCUUGGCCGCCACAAGCACAGGAGACUUCAAUCGACAGUUCUUGGGUCAGAUGACACAGUUAAACCAACUCCUUGGAGAGGUGAAGGAUCUGCUGAGGCAGCAGGUCAAGGAAACGUCGUUUUUGCGAAACACUAUUGCUGAAUGCCAGGCUUGUGGUAAGCCCUUCUUUUUCAGGUCCCCAACUCCAAACACACUGGUGCCCAUAGCUCCUCCAGCACCCCCAACUCGCCCGCCACGCCGGUGUGACUCCAGCCCUUGCUUCCGAGGCGUCCGAUGCACAGACACCAGGGAUGGCUUCCAGUGCGGACCCUGCCCGGAUGGUUACACGGGCAACGGCAUCACCUGUUCUGAUGUGGAUGAGUGCAAAUACCAUCCCUGCUAUCCAGGUGUGCGCUGUGUGAACUUGGCUCCAGGCUACAGAUGUGAGGCCUGCCCAGUAGGGUUCACGGGGCCCAUGGUGCAGGGGGUUGGAGUCAACUUUGCUAAGACAAACAAGCAGGUGUGCACUGAUGUCGAUGAGUGUCGAAAUGGAGCAUGUGUUCUGAAUUCUGUUUGCAUCAACACUUUGGGAUCGUAUCGCUGCGGACCUUGCAAACCGGGGUACACUGGUGACCAGACCCGGGGGUGUAAGACUGAAAGAAACUGCAGGAACCCGGAGCUGAACCCCUGCAGCGUGAACGCGCAGUGCAUUGAGGAGAGGCAGGGGGAUGUAACCUGUGUGUGUGGUGUUGGUUGGGCUGGUGACGGCUACGUCUGUGGAAAGGAUGUGGACAUUGACAGUUACCCUGAUGAAGAACUGCCGUGCUCUGCUAGAAAUUGCAAGAAGGAUAACUGCAAGUAUGUGCCAAACUCUGGCCAAGAAGAUGCAGAUGGAGACGGCAUCGGAGAUGCCUGUGAUGAGGAUGCUGAUGGAGAUGGGAUCCUGAAUGAGCAGGACAACUGUGUCCUGACUCACAAUAUAGACCAAAGGAACAGUGAUAAAGAUAUCUUCGGGGAUGCCUGUGACAACUGCCGGACUGUCCUGAAUAAUGACCAGAGGGACACUGAUGGAGAUGGAAAAGGGGAUGCCUGUGAUGACGACAUGGACGGAGAUGGAAUAAAAAACAUUUUAGACAACUGUCCCAGAGUUCCCAACCGUGACCAGCGGGAUCGGGAUAGUGAUGGUGUCGGAGAUGCUUGUGAUAGCUGUCCUGACGUCAGUAACCCUAACCAGUCGGACGUGGAUAAUGAUCUGGUUGGGGACUCCUGCGACACCAACCAGGACAGUGAUGGAGACGGCCACCAGGACAGCACAGACAACUGCCCCACCGUCAUUAACAGUGCCCAGCUGGACACUGACAAGGACGGGAUUGGCGAUGAGUGUGACGAUGACGAUGAUAAUGAUGGCAUCCCAGACCUGGUGCCCCCGGGCCCAGACAACUGCCGCCUGGUUCCCAACCCAGCCCAGGAAGACAGUAACAAUGAUGGAGUAGGGGACAUCUGUGAAGCAGACUUCGACCAGGACCAGGUCAUCGAUCGCAUUGACGUCUGCCCCGAGAACGCAGAGAUCACCCUGACUGACUUUAGGGCCUACCAGACUGUGGUCCUGGACCCUGAAGGGGAUGCCCAGAUCGACCCCAACUGGGUGGUCCUGAACCAGGGCAUGGAAAUUGUGCAGACCAUGAACAGUGACCCCGGCCUAGCAGUGGGGUACACGGCAUUUAAUGGCGUUGACUUUGAAGGGACCUUCCACGUAAACACCCAGACAGAUGACGACUAUGCCGGCUUUAUUUUUUGGCUACCAAGACAGCUCCAGCUUCUAUAUGUGGAAGCAGACAGAGCAGACGUACUCAGGCCACACCGUUCCGCGCAGUCGCAGAGCCGGGCAUUCAGCUCAGGACAGGAGGCGUACUGCUGCAGCCAGACAUUCGUUGGGGGCCCUCGGUGGGCCAACAGGCAGAGCCAUGGACUUGCAUCAGGAAAAGGUGGAGUGAAGAGCACAGGACUAUCCACUGCUGACUCCCGCAGGGCUGGGGCCAGCUCAGCUGUCAAGUCUAAAAACUGGCCCAGGGAGCAUCUCCGCAACUCCCUGUGGCACACGGGGGACACCAGCGACCAGACCCAAGCUGCAGAGCGAAGGUACUUCACGGGGAGGCUGUGGCCUUGGGUGUGCUCUUCGGACCGUGUGAGAGUAGGACCUGAUGAGUGGGACAAGAUGCAGCGGAGGGUGCGUUUUUACGAAGGCUCGGAGUUGGUGGCUGACUCUGGGGUCACCAUAGACACCACCAUGCGCGGAGGCCGACUUGGUGUGUUCUGCUUCUCUCAAGAAAACAUCAUCUGGUCCAACCUCAAGUACCGCUGCAAUGACACCAUACCAGAUGACUUCCAGGAAUUCCAGACCCAGAGUUUCGACCGCUUGGAUAAUUAAGCCAAAGAAGAAAUCUCACAACUGCUUUCUCAAACACUAAAAACAUUACCUUUUUUUUUUUUUUUAAAACUUCCCGUAAUUCUCUUUAUAUUACUGUGGCUUUUCUUUUACCAGCCCAAAUACACUAGAACUUUUUAUACAGAUGUGGAAAUAAAGAAGACUAUUUCUAAUAAC